UCACAAAUCAUUCCCUCCCUAUAUAAUUAUCUGAAAAAAUAGAUGACAUUUCUUUUAAACACCGCAAAUUCUAUGGCAUUAUGCAAGCAUUCACCAACAUAUAAAUUAUCUUGACUAAAACUACAUGCUACAAAAAUUGUUACAAAUAUUUACAGUGAUGACUAUACUGUAUGAAUAAAAGCAGUAUUAUAUAGCUAACACAUUACACUGAAUAACUGUAAUAUUAUUCAAAUUUAAAAUCUGAAAUAUAGAUUCAGUGUUAACUAUUUGUGCUGUGCACAACACCAAAGCGAAUAUAAAGCAAAUAUAAAAAUCUAAAUGACUAUUUGAAACAUUUACAAACUGUUCAGAAAGCAGCAGCUGCUUUGUUUACGUGGUUACCGGGGUAACGGAUUAAUUGUUGAGUUCAAUCAGCGCCCUCUACUGUCUUGCAUUUACUGUCUUACGUUAUUUAAAUUAAAUCGUCAUCCUUUUAAAGUUCAGUAAACAUAUUAGUCUGUAUCUAUGUUUUUACAUCACUCAAUUAAAACAUUUCUUAUAAGCUACCAUUUACUCACCCAUGCUCCUAAAUACAAUUUCCAAUUCGCACACAUCUAUUUUUAAUCGUAUAUCCAGUAAAAUACCCACACUGGCGAUUUUAUCUUCUUGGGCGGGUCGCAAUUUUAUAUAUCAUGUAUCACAUGGCUAUGAUGAGUAAAUCAUAGACUAAUUUUAAUUUUAAAGUAAACUAAUUCUUCAAAAGGCUUUUUUUUUUCAAAGGAGUAACUGUAAAUUUGUCCCGAUUUGACAGUGCAAAUGACAUUGACAAUUCAAGUGGCUGUGCAUUUAUUUGUAUUUUUAACUGGAUGGGAGCGAAAUGAAACUGUCUGAACCCGAAGCUGUCCGUGUUGUCUGUCUCCCCGCUUCCCCCUCUGCUCCGCAGCGCACCACGCCCACUUUCUUUAGCGUUUUUUAAAACUGUGGUGAGAACUAAUCAAUGCUGAAAUAGGGGGUAAUGACCCUUUAACUCCACCCCUUACUGUUGACUCCUACUUUAACGUCUAAAAGCCAACCGUACAUAGAUUUAUCUAAAGGUUACGUUUCUCACCGCUCAUGCUUCUUCUGAUGCAUCCUAAAGGCAACUAUGGAACAACAAGAAGAAACGGCAAUAACAUCUACAAUGAACAAAAGAACUUUCCACGUACCCCAAGGACUGCAAGUCUGCUUGUUAACAGACUCCAUGUAUCGAGGAAUUGAGGACUACCUACCAGCUGCAAAAUGCUGGGUACACCCAGGCACUACUCUUGAGAGAUCUACUAAACAGCACAUAUACCACUUUGAGACAAUACACAACAAUGCAGUGGUACUACUCCACAUCGGAACAAAUGAUAUUGAAAGUGGAGCAUCUCCAUCGCUGAUCAUCCAACGAAUGAAAGCACUAAUAACUUCAAUCUCUCAAGCAACUCCUCACAUUCUGUAUUUUGCAAUUAGUGCUGUCUUGCCACGACUUACAGAUGACUCAACAAAAAAAACAACUGUGAAACAAUACAACGCCAUGCUACACCACUGGACUAUGCAAACAGACAACAUCAUCUUUCUGAACACAACAAAACCUUUCCUCAAACAUGGAAAGAUUGUCCACUACCUAUACAAACAUGAUGGACUCCACCUUAAUCAGCAAGGAAAACAAACUUUUUACAUACUUUCAGCAGUUCCUCUGGCAUUUUUGCCACUUUCCAACUUUAAGUAUCUUUAAAAAAAAUUUACACCAAACUUGUUCCCAUGAAUAUCCACUACAUGUUAUCUUUUUCUGAAACAAUAAAGUACCUUUCUCUUUAUAAUAAACCAUGUAACUUAUUCUUGCACUUCACCUUUCUCUUUACUACACACAUAACACCAACAAAUAAAUUCAUUUUCAUUAUCACUUCAUCAUUAUAUCUUUGGCAUUUCCUUUUGUAAACACCACAUAUACAUUGCAUAUCCAGACAUACUUAUAUAACAUACUUUUGAUAUACAAUGAUACUUCGCAUACUACACAUUUCCUGUUACAACAUACAUACCUAUAAUACACUUGCAACAGUCACCAAAUAUGUCUUCUACAUUUAUCUUUGCUUUAGAUUAAGUUACACUUCUAUAUAUAGUCAUAGAUAUUCACUUCUUAAACUUCACACUUCUUAAAAACAAUACAGUUUAUUCUACUUACCAGAUAAUUCAUUAUGUAUACUUUCCAAAUAUUCUAUCACUGCUUAC